CUCGGCGCGUGACGCAGCACGCUUUGGUAUAAAUACGUGCGGCCGGCAGCCUCUUUCUCUCUCAUCGCGCGGCACGCCUUCAAGAUGGCGCCGAAGAAAGACAAGAAGCCUAAGAAGUCAACCUGGAAGUUUAAUUUGGAUCUUACUCAUCCAGUAGAAGAUGGAAUUUUUGAUUCUGGAAAUUUUGAACAGUUUCUGCGGGAGAAGGUUAAAGUGAAUGGAAAAACUGGAAAUCUUGGAAACGUCGUUCACAUUGAACGCUUCAAGAAUAAAAUCAUAGUUGUUUCUGAGAAACAGUUCUCUAAAAGGUAUUUGAAGUACCUUACCAAGAAAUAUCUUAAAAAGAACAAUCUUCGUGAUUGGCUUCGUGUGGUUGCAUCUGACAAGGAGACUUAUGAGCUUCGUUACUUCCAGAUUAAUCAAGAUGAAGAUGAAUCUGAGUCUGAGGACUAGAUGAUGCCAUCCUUUAUAGGGCUUUGCUUGCUAAUAAAACACAUUAAGCAUACAAAAGAAAGAAACAUCUUGAAAUGGACCUUUAGCUUAUUGGUGAAUAAAAAACAUUACUCUGUAUGUUAAACAUUCAUCUUUUAUUUAAGUGUAUGCUGUUUAUAUGGUGCUGGCUUUCCUUUAAUACUUUUUUAUAUUUUUAUUGGAGUGUAGUUGAUUUACAAUGUUGUGUUAGUUUCAGGUAUACAGCAAAGUGAAUGUGCAAAUAAGCUUUUGUCCACCCCGCCCCCUCCAAAUACCUUGUAUAAGCAGUAUUUAAAUAGCUUAUAGCUAGUGGAAUUUCAGGAUUUCUGUAAUGUACUGAUUUUACAGAUGUCCUCUAGUUAAAAGUAUAUAGCAAAAAUAAUUUGGGGUGUAAGUAUAUAAUAAAAUAUUUAGAUUUGAUCA